CCAAAACCUUGACCAAAGUAUGCCAGUCAGUGACGGCCACGGCCACGGCCACGGCCUCUUCUUGUUGCUUUGCCAGCUCCACGUUUGCCCCCUCCACGACCACUUCUACCACCACUAUCAAAAUUUGCACUUAGCCUUUUAUAUUCUAUCGGCAAUGGAAGGAUGUUGUCGAUACAGGUCAUGACGCAGAAAGGUUCCAUAGAACCAUUUUCCCAAAC